GCUGAGCUGCCGUUUUCACUCCGACGGGGAUUUGUGCAUGUGCGACGAUUUUGCUGUCGUCCCCCCUGAAGCAGCAACUGGUUACUGGAACUUUCCGAGCUCAACGGUUCAAGCUCCUAUCAGCUCCGCAGUACAAAACACUGGAGAAUGUGGCAUUUUAGAAUUCCAGCUUCCCUUGGCUUGUGUGUUGUGCUCUGCCUGGCUUUCUUGGCUGCCGCCUCUGCGCAGAACUGCUCCUGUUCUCCAGCCAACAUGACGAUCAAGGCAGUCGUCGUUCUUACCGGCUCUGAGGGUGUCAAUGGCACCGUGACCUUUGAGCAGCUCGAAUCUGGUUCGACCGUGGUGAACGGCAAGGUCACUGGUCUGAAGCCCGGGCUUCACGGAUUCCACGUGCACGCGCUGGGCGACACCACGAACGGCUGCAUGUCCACAGGCCCGCACUUCAACCCAGCGAAUAAAACUCACGGAGCUCCGGAAGACGAGGAGAGGCACGCAGGGGACCUUGGGAAUGUCGUUGCUGAUGAGAGCGGCGUUGCGGAGUUCACCAUUACGGAUUUACAGAUCCCUCUGUCUGGCCCUAACUCAAUCAUUGGCCGUGCUGUCGUUGUGCACGCUGACGUGGACGACCUUGGCAAGGGUGGUCAUGAGCUGAGCAAAACCACUGGAAAUGCUGGAGGCAGGCUUGCAUGCGGUGUUAUUGGCUUCCAAGCAGCAGCUUAGAAUACUUAGUAGCUUUACCUGAAGAGAAAUGCUGCAUGAUAGUUAUGGACUCGAAGGUUGUAAUUGUACCAUCACAGCCAGUAUUGACCUUCCGUUGAGCACGUCAUCCGUGCUCAAUGCCACGUAUGCACAGUUGACAUGUCAUCAUUCUCGACAGACAAGGAUCUGAAAAAAGCGACCAAAUUCAGGAAUCUUGGGUCUUGAGGAUUGAUGAUGACGUUCCACGUUACAGUGUGUUAUCUCGGCGCGAAGUACGGUAGAGUGCGGUGCUGUGCUUGGGUUUCUCCCAACAAAGGGGGAGUGAAGCACUCUCUCCAGCGGUACAAUGCGGUACUAUAGCAUCCUAUGCAUUGCCCUGCGUUUCAGUACGGCGACUUUCUCUAAUCAUCCAGAUGACAGUGAACCCAUCCUCCCAGUGAAGCAGCCAUAGCCGUCCAGGCCUCGAACAGUCACUCGGGAUUCAAUUCUGCACACUGAUUAGUCCGUCACGCAAGGUUCCACAGCUGAGCGUCGUUUCCGCCCGCCGUUGUCGCUCCUCCUGUGCGAAUCCCUGCCACCAGUUUAGCCACCCCGCAAUGGCGUCCUGCGGCCUCCUCUCCGCGUCCCUCCGCGUCCCCCCGUCCCUUGCUCCCGCGACUAACCUCUCCUCCGCUUCACGAUCCCCAGCCAAGAGCCAAUCAGCAUGCGCCAGCAAGGCCGUGAUCCGCGUUCGCAGCGGCCUGAAGACGGAAUCUUCCGCCGAAAAUUCCGCCCUUUCAAGGAGCUCUUCGUCUGUCGUUGCCGCCAUGGCCGUCCCCGCGUGUUCCGCCGUGCUUGCCGCUCUCCUCGCCAUGCCUCUCUCCCCGGCAGCCGCGUCCGCCGCGGGGAUUAACGCUGUCGCCGUCGUGACGGGGAGCUCCGGGGUUUCCGGGACUGUCACCUUCUCGCAGGAAGGAUCAGGCCCCACCCAAGUGAGUGCAUCCGUGGCAGGGCUGGCCCCCGGCCUGCACGGCUUCCACGUGCACAAGCUGGGGGACCUCUCCAAUGGCUGCAUGUCCACUGGGCCGCACUUCAAUCCGGCGGGUAAGACUCACGGGGCUCCAGGGGAUAGCGAGAGGCAUGCAGGGGACCUUGGGAAUCUGGUGGCGGAUGCGUCGGGCGUGGCGACUGUGUCUCUGACCGACCUCCAAAUCCCUCUGUCUGGCCCCAACUCCGUCCUUGGCCGCGCUGUUGUCGUGCACGCUGAUGCUGACGACCUGGGCAAGGGUGGUGUUGAGCUGAGCAAGGCUACAGGCAACGCUGGUGGCAGGGUGGCAUGUGGUGUGAUUGGCUUGUCGGCGAACUAGACUUACAGAUGUACUAGCUAUUUUUGUGUCAAACUCAAAUUUGUCAUUCUUUGAGUGAAUUUGGUCAUGUAGCACCCUUAUGUGAAUGCUCGAUAUUUGCCAAUGGGUGUAGGCUGUAAGGAAUUUCCAUUCCUUACUGAGUCGGCCGCUACCGCGUACACCCGAACAUGUCGACUCGUUAGGUUCGGCCUACAUUUUCGACCCAACCUUUUCCAUUCCUUACUGAGUCGCGUCCGACAGUGGCGCCACAUUGCCGAACC